AUGCUGCGGGCGCUGAGCCUCGCCGGCCUCUGCGUGCUGCUGGCCCCGGCCCCGAGCCAGCCGUCCCGCGACGCCGUCCUCAGGAUCCAUAAGGGCGUUUUGAGCGACGGCCGGCCGGCGCCCGGCCGCGACGUCCCCGGAGGACACGACCCGCCGGGGGUGGCCGGAGGAGCUCUGGGAGCAGGCGGUCUGCUGGGGGACGGGGGUCUCCUGGGCACCGCGGGGGUCCUCGGCGGCUCCGGCGGCCUCCUGGGCGGAGGAGGGCUGCUGGGCCCCGGCGGGCUGCUGGGCGGCGGCAGCGUCCUCGGCGUCCUCGGCGAGGGAGGCUUGCUCAGCACCGUCCAGGGGCUCACGGGGCUGCGACUCGUCGAGCUGACGCUGCCCAGGGUGUCGCUGCGGCUGCUGCCCGGCGUCGGCGUCCACCUGAACCUCUACACCAGGGCGGCCAUCAGCGCCAAGAGCCUCCUGGGUUUCCUCGACAUCGCGGUGGACGUGAACAUCACCGCCAGAGUCAGGCUCACCAUGGACGGCACGGGCUACCCCCGGCUGCUGCUGGAGCGCUGCGACACCCUCGUCGGCGGCAUCAAAGUCCGGCUGCUGCGCGGCCUGCUCCCGAUUGUGGACAAUUUAUUGGCAAGUGUCCUGAACAGAGUUCUUCCUAGUCUGCUGUGUCCCGUGGUCGACGUCGCCCUGGGCCUCGUCAGCGACCAGCUGGGGCUCGUGAACUCGCUGGUGCCCCUGGGUUUACUGGGCAGCAUCCAGUACACCUUAUCGAGCCUUCCACUGGUCACCGGCCAGUUCCUUGAAGUUGAUUUGAAUACUGCAGUGGGGCGAGUGGCAGGAGGCCUGGUGGACUACCCGCUGGGGAGACCAGAAGCUGCCCCCCCGCCGCCGAAGGUCCCCGUGCCGCCGCUGCCGCCGAUGCCGGACACCAGCUCCUCCCAGCUGGGCCUGUCCGUGAGCUUCCUCAGCUCGGUGAUGUCGGCCCUGCAGAAGCAAGGUGCCCUGGACUUGACCAUCUCCAGCGGGAUGUUUCCUGAGCUUCCACCGCUGACGACAUCGACCCUCGGAGCCCUGAUCCCCGCGGUUUUCAAGACAUACCCCGAGUCGCACGAAUUGCUGCUGAAAAUAGCAGUGCCUGAAGCACCGGUGGUGACCUUAAAGAAGAACAGAGGCGAGAUCCAGCUCACGGCUACAGCGGAGCUGGCGGCGGUCCAUCCCGACGACGUCCUGAAGUCCCUCUGCCUUCUGAAUAUUGACACGGCUCUGCUGGCCCAGUUUUCUGUCGAAGACCAAAAACUGAAGAUCAGCGUCAGCCUUGAGAAGACUGAUCUCUCCUUGGUGUCUUCAUCCGUUGGUGAUUUUGAUCCCUCGCUCCUGGAGAUGCUGGUCAGGAAGAUUUUCGAUGUCGCCUUCCUGCCUGCGAUGAACGGCAUCCUCGGAGGAGGCGUUCCCCUCCCGAAACUGCUCCACAUCGACUUCAACAAUGCUGACGUGGAUGUCAUCGAGGACCUGCUCGUGUUAUCGGCGUGAGCCGGGAUGCCGCACGGAAACGGAGCCCGCGUCUCGCACCGCUCCCGCCGGCGCGGUGGGCAGUCCGGCCCGGCCUCGGGGCGCCGCGCGGUGCGGCACAGCGGAACCAGCCCUGCCGCCGAGCGGCCGCAUCCUGCCUACGUGCUCUCGGCACAGACUUACGGGUGGAAAACGUAGGCUUGGUCGGCUGGGGCCUCGCGGAUGCGCGGAAUGAUGCCUGUAUGUUUUGCACUCUCGCGCGUGCUCCAAUAAAGGCCAG